GCCCCGCCGAGCCCCGCCGCAGGCGCGCUUCCCGUGGGCACCGGCGAGCGGGCGAGCGGGCGAGGCCGGCGCGCGGCCCGGGCGCCACUUCCUUCUCGCCCCGGCGGCCGCGGGCGGCGAUGGCAGAGGCCGAGCGGGGCUGAGCCCGCCGCCCGCAGCCCCCCGGUGCCUGCGGCCCCAGCCAUGGCGAAGCAGUACGAUGUGCUGUUCCGGCUGCUGCUGAUCGGGGACUCCGGCGUGGGCAAGACCUGCCUGCUGUGCCGCUUCACCGACAACGAAUUCCACUCCUCGCACAUCUCCACCAUCGGGGUGGACUUUAAGAUGAAGACCAUCGAGGUAGACGGCAUCAAAGUGAGGAUACAGAUUUGGGACACAGCGGGCCAGGAGAGGUAUCAGACCAUCACCAAGCAGUACUAUCGGCGGGCCCAGGGGAUAUUUUUAGUCUAUGAUAUCAGCAGCGAGCGCUCUUACCAGCACAUCAUGAAGUGGGUCAGCGAUGUGGACGAGUACGCACCGGAAGGCGUGCAGAAGAUCCUGAUAGGGAAUAAGGCCGACGAAGAGCAGAAACGGCAGGUGGGCAGAGAGCAAGGGCAGCAGCUGGCCAGGGAGUACGGCAUGGACUUCUAUGAAACAAGUGCCUGCACCAACCUCAACAUUAAAGAGUCUUUCACGCGGCUGACCGAGCUGGUGCUACAGGCCCACCGGAAGGAGUUGGAUGGUCUCCGCACCCGGGCCGGCCACGAGCUGGCGCUGACAGAGCUGGAGGAGGCGGGCAAGCCCGAGGGCCCAGCGAACUCUUCUAAAACCUGCUGGUGCUGAGGGCCGUGAAUGGAGCACCGCGUUGCCGCGGGAGGCCUGCAGGCAGCUGGGGAGGCCGGCCCCUGUCCCGACGCCGCUGUCCUGGCAUCUGACGACCCUGUUGAACAUCCCCCGCCUGGCGCAGAUGCGGCCCCGCUGUCGUUGCCUCCUCGCCAUCCCUCAGCCCGCGACCCCAGCCCCAGGCCAGCUCUGACUCCUCGCUGCUGUGCUGAGCUGCGGGUCUCGCCGCCCCAGGGGCAAGGGCCAUGGCUGGAGUCACGGCCAAGGCUCCUCCCCGUCUCCUCCGCUCUGCUUUCUCCUCCUCACUCUCCCUUCUCCCAUCCCCUUCCCCUCCAGUGUUUUGUGUCUUGGUCUCUCCUGCCCCCGCCCCCCCAAUGUGGGUGCAGGUGCCUCCCUCCUCGUUCACUGUAGCCCUGUCGGAGGGAAUGCGCGUAGGCUCUGGGGGGUGAUGCACCCCCUGAUCCAGGGGGAAGCCCCCAGCUUCGUGGGGGCCUGAAGGCUACAGGGUGCAUUGUCCUCUUCCGUUUUCUGUGCUAUGGGCGGGAUGGGGCCAGGGUGGGGGGGCUUGCAGGGGGCAUGCCACCUGCUGGCCCUCAGGCCCUGGCCAUCCUACCUCCACCUGCUCCCCCCCCCAAGCUCUGGACACGCUUGCCUGCCCGCCUGCCCGGCCGCCUCCCCUGAGCUCGCUGGCAGGUGCUUCAGAGAAGAGACGGCAAUGGUGAGGGGUGGCAGAGACAAAAAGUCACCUCCAUUCUCUACCUCCCGUGUGGCGGGGUCCAUGACUUCUCCCCACCUGGGCUCCUGAAUUUAGAGGUGUGGACAGAGGCCUGAGGGUACCACAGGGGCAAGGAGAGCCCUGAGCCCCUGAUCCUCUGAGGUCGGGCUCCUAGGUUUGGGGGGGCAGAGCAAGGGCAGGGACAGGCCAUGGUCCGCCUUUGGCUUAUCACAGGCAACAUGGUGGCCACGGGGCCUCCUGGCCCCAUCUUCUCUUCCCGUGUCAGGAGGGCAUCCCCCAGCCCAGGAGUAGUCACAUCAGCCUUCAGUCACUGAUCCGGGUCUCCCGCCCUUAAGGUUUGCCUGGGAAGAGGAAAGAGAGAGAGAGAGAGAGAGAGAGAGAGAGAGAGAGAGGCCCUGCAUAGAAGUGCUCGGUGCUGUGAUUGCAGCCUUCAAGACCAAGUGCCCAUCCUGCCUGGUCGCCCCGAGUUGGCCUAGGGGUCUGCCAAGGGCACUGAGGCCACCUGUGGUGGGGGAGGGGCAGGCGAGGCCUCCUCCCCCUGACUCCUGUGUGCAGGGAGCAUCUUUAGCCCCCAAGAGCAGCUGGAAGGAGCCCUUCCUUGCCCUUCCGGUGGCGGGAGGAACACAAGUCAGAGCAUUGUUCCCCAGCUGCACUGCAGGGCUGGGACCGGAAGCAACUGGAAGAAUGCGGCUUGGAGCAUUCUCCAACCAAGGGCCAAAACCCAGGACAUACGGGUGUGCAGGAGAAGAACGCCCUUCUGUACCACUCCAGGCACGACACAGGGGUGGCGGGUCGCUUCCCCAGCCUUCCUGCCUGCCCUGUCCAAGGGGGAAGUCAGUCCCCAACUGAGGGGAUAGGUCAGCAUAGCGGCAGGAGGGGCUGCCCGGUGAGAAAUGGUGGGCUCCUGAGGUCUGCCAGCCAGAGCUCUGGUGCCUCACUCUGGGGCUGCGGGGGUCUCACCUUCAGCCAGGGACCUCGGGGGCAGCAGAGUGGGUGUGGCGCACGCCAUGGACGGGAACAGGUUUCCUGGAGAUGGCCAGAGUGGGUUGUCUUUCUCUCCCAGUCGCCUGCCCCCCUGGAAGAGGGACUGUAUUUUGAUUGGACCCUAGGGGUUCUGGAAGGCAAAACAUAGGGUAGGGACUGUGUGGACUCACGAGCCCUCUCUGGGAGAGCCACAGCUGGGAACAGUCCGGGAGCAGGAGGAUUUUGGGGUGCAGCUGUUCUUGCCAGUCCCAGAGUGGGUCUCUUACCCCAAACCCCAGUCCAAGGAGGGGCUCUGGGGAGUGGCUCUAGGCCCAGACUGGGGAGCAGGCUCCGGCCUGCGUCUUCAUCACCGCCUCUACACCUGCUGGCUUGAGACUCAGCCCAUCCCCAGGCACACCACCUGCUCCUGAGCCCCUGCCAUCUCCCUGGGACGGGUAAACCUCGCGUGCUGUGUCUCGGGUCUAUCAUAGGGAUUGUGAGUGAGCAGGGUUCGUUUAUUUUAAACACAGAUGUUUACAAAAUAAAGGCUAUUUCAGACCACA